UGACAACAGAUGUCAGUUCAAUGUUUGUUGCUCACACGUGCUGAGUAAAGAUUUUUGUUAAUAAAAUGAAACAUAAAAGAUUUGAAGAAAAUAUAUUGAUCGACGAGGCGUAUACAAGUUAUGGUAAACCUGACAAAAAUGCCGAUCAAAAGAAGGGCCAGGGUAUUGCAAAACAUUUCGCCGAAACACUUGAAUAUGAAGAAAAAAAGAAGUGGUUUCAUCAGCUACCUGAAGAACUUGGUACAACAAGUAAGAGCUUAACUGAAGAUCAAAUUGAAAAUUUGAGGAAAGAAGCUAACAGUGCUCUGCAUGGAGACACACUAGCUUACGAAACAAAGUCAAACAAAAAUGGCUCAUCCGAUCAGCAGUGGGCUCGGACCUUGUUAAAUAAAGGUGCUAUAGCUGAUAGAGUUGCUGCAGCUACUAUUUUAAUACAGGACAAUCCACUGUACAAUCUCACUGCUCUAAGGAAUUUAGUAAACAGUGUCAAACCAGCUAAGAAGAAAGAUGGAAUUAUUGUUAUUGAUGCACUCUCCGAACUAUUAAUAUCAGAGCUACUCAUGCCAGAUGUGAAGUUAAGGACAUUUGAGCAACAUCCACUCUGCCAUUUAGAUGAAAUGACCUCAGGCAAUAAGCACGCUAGAAGGAACAUAUUGAAGAUUUGGUAUUAUGAGGACCAGUUGAAAGAGCUAUAUGGAACAUAUGUGGAAGCCUUAAACAAAUUUGCACAUGAUUCGGUAGAAGCUAACAAGGAGAAGGCUGUCAGUGCUAUGUCUUAUCUACUUAUGCAUCAUCCGGAGAGGGAAAAGAUGCUUUUAAACAACAUAAUCAAUAAACUGGGCGACCCCAGUGCCUCCGUAGCGUCUAAAGUGGUGUACCAUCUAUGCCAGUUGUUGUACAACCAUCCCAAUAUGAAGGCUGUUGUACUUAAGGAUAUUGAGAAGAUGCUUUUCAGAACGAAUAUAUCGCCACGAGCACAGUACUACGGCGUUUGCUUUCUGAACCAGUUUUUCUUGGGCAAAGACGACUCCAAAAUUGCUGAGGAUCUCAUUAGAAUAUAUUUCUCGUUCUUCAAAGCUUCCGUAAAAAAGGGUGAGGUGGACUCUCGUCUCAUGUCGGCCAUAUUGACGGGCGUGAAGCGAGCGUUUCCGUUCGCAGACAGGGACCGGGUGACGUCAUCAAACGACCAUGUCGACGCCAUACAUAAACUGGUGCAUUUGGCCACUAUCAAUGUUGCCAUACAUGCGUUGGCGCUCCUGUUUCAUAUAAGUGACCCUUCCAAAGGAACUUCGGAUCGUUACUACACAUCGUUGUACCGCAAACUGACCAACCCGGACAUAUUCAACACCUCACACUCUGCAUUACUCUUCUCUCUCAUAUACAAGUCGUUGAAGCAGGACAAAAACAUACCUAGAGUGGCUGCGUUCAUAAAGAGAUUACUACAGUUAUGUUGUUAUAUGUCGCCGGCGCAAUCUUGCGGCAUGCUGUUUGUUAUAUCGCAGGUGUUGAAAGAUGGUGAUAAGAAGGAGGCUGUGAGAUUACUGUGGACCAAGAGAGAGAUCAAAGAGGAAGUCAAAGAAGAAACACAAGCAUCAGAAGUGUUUACACUAACAGAUGAUGACGCAGAAGAGUCUGUAUUGAAUAAAACUGAUGGGUCGGUCGCAGAAGUUAAAGAGGAUGAAGAGGCGAAGAUUGAGAACAGUAAAAUGAACCUUCUGAAAGGGGACAAGAAGGACCUUUUAAUAGACGACGAUGACGAAGAAACAUACGUAGAUUUGAAAAUCGAUGAUUCUGGCAACAUUAAGCCUAAGAAACGUAAACCGUCCACCGCUACGUUGGGAUGGUAUCAUGCCAGAGUAAAGACCGGAGAGGAAGCGCCAGUCGAAAAUGAACCUAAUGACAAAGCGUCAGAUUCUAAAAUACAACUCAAAAGGACACUCAAUAUCGGAAAGGUGGUGUCAGACUACGAUCCUUGGACCAGGAAUCCUUGUUUCGCUGGUGCCACUCACUCCGCCUACGUGGAGUUAGUGCCUUUAUCCAACCAUUACCAUCCCACGGUCAAACUUUUCGCUGAGAAACUAAUCAAUGAACAAAUAAUUCAGUACAGCGGUGAUCCGCUAAAAGAUUUUGCGGGCAUAAGGUUUCUGGAUCGAUUCGUAUUCAAGAACCCGAAACGUCGAGAGCUUGAUGGUGAAGAAGGCGUUAAGAAGGUCAAAGGUUCACAUCCCAAGUUCGCAGUAAGAAAGAAUUAUGUCGCCAAAGGUCUGAAGAGCAUCCCCAUAAACUCGUCGACCUAUCUCAACGAAGACUCCAAAAGAAUACCAGUGGACGAGAAAUUUUUAUACGAUUUCCUUCGGAAACGCCGUGAAACCCAAGGGUCUGAUGAUGAAGACAGUGACGCAGACUCUGUGAACAGCGAGGACUUCGAACAGUAUCUGGACACCGUCACAGGGUCCAAGGCUCAAGCUGAUUCUGACGAAGAAUUGGACUUCCUCGCCGACAUGGAAGCCACCAAACAGAAGAACGUGGCCAAGAAGAAGAGGGGCGGGGAAGAUGAUGAUCAGCUGGACCAGCUGGACGAUGAUGAUGAUGAUGAAGAUGAGGAGGAUGAAAUCGAUGAUGGAGCUAGUGGUGAUGAAGAUGAUGGAGAAUUGAUCAUGUCUGGUGAUGAAGAUGAACCGGCUUUCUCUGGUGAUGAAGAAGAACUACUGUUGCAAGACAGCGAUGAUGAAGACGAUGGCAUAGAUGCUCUCGGCAAGAAAAAGAAGAAAGACUUGGGCUUCAAACUGAAAGGCAAAGACAAUCUCGGUUCACUAUUCGCCUCAGCAGAAGAGUUUUCAACACUCCUAGAAGACACUGCUUCGAACGCAAAACAAGGGUCAAGUCAAGCUGUCUCAAACGCAGACAACUCGAGUAAAAAACAACUAGCGUGGGAAGAAAAACGAGACAGGUGGAUACAAGGCUACAACAAGAAGAUUCACGGAAACAAAAAACCCGGCAAAUUUAAUAGAAAACAAAAUGGUGGCAAGUUUAGGAAUAAACAAAAUGGUGGCAAGUUUAGCAAUAAACAAAAUGAUGGUUUCAACAAAAUGGCGAAUGGCAAAAAGGGCGGCAAAAGAAAAGGCGGGAAAAUUGAUGGCGGAGGCGGCAAGAAAAAGAAGUUUGACUAAUCUUGUAUUUAGUUGUGUCAUACAAUAAUUGUUAUUUUGUUAAACUGAAAAUAUAUUAUUCAACAAAACCCGCC